UUAAGAAUAGCAAAUAAAGCGAGGAAUGGUGCUAAACGUCGGAUUCAAAGAAUUUACUGACCACCACCUGCUCUAAUUUGAAAGGGCAGGUUGAAAAGCCAUCAACGCGUGACCUGUUCUAAUUAAGAGAGUUAGUAUAGCUGCGAGUCUGCAGUAUCUGCAAGUCCUCUUUCCAUAUCCAGUGCAUCACCGAGUCUGUGAUCUCAUGAUGGCAGAAAAAAUGUGGAAGUUGGUAAUGGAAGUCAAUCUCGACCGCCAACGGAGCUCGAAGAAAAUAGAAAGGACCAUCGACAAGCUGCAAGAAAAAGUGAAGAUCUUGAGGAUAUCCUACGACCAGAAGAAUGGGAUUGUGACCAUCCGCGGCCGAUUCGAUCCAGAGAUGGUCUCUAAGAAGCUCAAAGACGAGGCCGGCAAAGUGAUCAAAUCCAUCAAAAUUGAAGAGAUAGAAAUGCAGCCAGUCGCACCCCCAGCCCCUGCACCCCCAAUGCCCUAUAUGGAUGUGCCUGAGUUGAACCGCGGCGAUCGGAAUCGGGGGACGUUUACAGAGCCUCCGGAAAGUGUCGGUGAGUCCUGUGGAUGCAAGUACUGCUGUUGUUUUUGAUGGGGGUGUGCUUGUCUCAGCUUCCUCACUGUCUCAAUUUACCGGAGACGGCAUUUAUGUACGAGAAAAUCCUAUCUGCUCAAAUCUCAUUUCUUUUUAAGCUUU